GCUCAUUUAUUCUACAUUUUGUGACAAGUGCAAAAAUCUGACAAUGAUUUUACCUUCUACCAUUUUCUAUCUCAGCAUUCAUUCCCUGAUUUUAUGGUUUGGAGUGUUAAAAAUGCGAUAUGUAAAUGGUCAAAUAAGGAGUAACAUUGCUCUUCACAAACCGGCAUUUCAACAAAAUACUUUCACAAUACACCAAUAUGAACCAGAUGCAGGCAGAUUUGACGCCAGCAAUGCUGUAGAUGGGUUGAAGUUUAAUCUAACUGCUCUGGGUGAUUCUUCUAAUGGCUAUACCUCUAGGUUUUUAGGAUUCUCCGUGUAUGUCUCAAAUACAACGUCCCUACUAGGUGGAACAUUGUGUUUUAAGGACAACGAUUUUACUAAAAGCACAAUACCGGCAGUUCUCAACAUUAGCUGCCCAGUAUACGGACAAUAUGUUAUUUACUACAAUGAAAGACUUCCAGGAGUUGUUUAUCCAGAUGGUUACUCUGAAUAUGCAUUUGCUGAAAUAUGUGAACUCGAAGUAUAUGAGUGUGGCAUUGGAUAUUUUGGAUAUAAGUGCACAGAAUCAUGUGGACACUGCCUUGACCCAGCACAGUGUUCCCCUGUUGAUGGGACCUGUUCUACUGGCUGCAGUGCUGGAUACUUUCGACAGUUGUGUAAGACAGAAUGUAAAAGUGGAAACUAUGGUUUCAAAUGUAACGAGACCUGUGGUCAUUGUUCUGAUCUAUUAUAUUGCUCCCAUGUUAAUGGCACGUGUCUUACUGGGUGUGAGCCAGGGUAUGAAGGGGAGGGAUGUCAACAAAUGUGCAAGUUCGGAUUCUAUGGAAUCGGCUGCCAUCAAGAGUGUAGCAGUUUUUGCAAAACAUCACGUGACUGUAACCACGUUUCUGGUGCUUGUAGAAACGGCUGUAGACAUGGUUGGCAGGGUGAUGAUUGCUUUGAUGCGGCGUUUUGUAUUUCACUGGCUCUGAACUGCGUCCUUAUUGCAAUCAUCCUUAUGAAACGGUUAAGACGAGCAAGUCCAGAGGUGACAAAGGAUCAAGUUAAUGAAGAAAAAUACAAAGGGGACAAUGAUGUUUCCAAAGAGGCCUCUAACGAAACGUCAUAUCAGGAGCUUGGUGAAAUUAAUAAAUCAGAGACCUAUGAAUCAUGUCAGUAAAUUACUACAAAACAAACAAUGAAAAGUGAUUUUUGAUGUAAGAUGACAAAACUACAUUCUGCCUGAUUACAAUAGCUUCUAAUAAACUUAAUAAAUAAAAUACUGUUGUAUCAAUUAAAUUCGCGAUCCACAUUUUUGAUGUAUUUGCGGGUAACCUUAUCCCACAAAUUUGCAUCUUCGUCGAAAAACAUCUGAAAAGGUUAUUUUUUUUUAUUUGAACCAAACACAGACGCAUCCACGAAACCUAAUCCCCAAGAAUAUGCAAAAUACCCACAGUUCACGGAAGUUUGCCACAACUAAUUUAAAAAAUGUCAUAUUAAGUGUGUGUAGGGUUUUUUUUAAAAGCCAAUUACGCUUACGUAUUUCACGUAUAAAUAAAAUCGUAUCUUUCUUUAAUAUGAUAUUUCAAAUAAAAUACAAAACAAGAAAAAAAUAUAUAUAUUCACAUAUAUCAUAAACCACUACUUGUUCAAAUUGUAUUGUAAAUCUUCCGAGGAGUGAUAUGUAUAUGUACAUAUGCUUUAUAUCUAAGUAUUGGAUGUAUUUAUCUAACAAAUACUAUAAAUGUAUAUGUUUACACUGGAUUCAUGCAUCUAUGUUGAUGCGCAAUACUUAU